AUGCUGCUCGUGUUCGUGGUGGACACGAGUCCGUCCAUGGGCCAGCGGAUCGCCAACGGUCUCACGCUACUUGACUGUGCUAAGAGCGGCGUUGAACACUUUCACAAGGUGGUCGACCGCUUCCCCUUCACCAAUUUCCUGCGGGUUCUCAAGGCUGUCAAGGUGGGGGGUCUCUCCUCCAUCGGCCAAUCGCUGCGCGCCACGUUUGACCUGCUGCACACUCAACGCCUCGCGGCAGACGUUGACCGAUGGGGCAUGGGUCGCAAUCUCGCCUCGGUGGAUCCAACGGUUGUCAUGCUUCUCACCGAUGGCACGCACUUCACAUCAGUACGUGCAUCUUCUGAAUCCAGUGGAGUAGAAGAGUACGCGGUUAACAAGUCAACAAGCCUGGCUCUGCUACCAGCAACCAACUCCACCCCACUAGGCGGCGAGCUGGCGUCACAGCCGUUCCGGUGGGACCAGCAUGUGCUCGCCACCAUCCUGCGCAUCCCCAGCGCCAAGCCUGAGCACCUCUUGAGGACUGGCCCUCUGCCCGCCCCUCUUCACAAACCUUCUUCCCCGUUUCCCCACUCCCCCCCCUGGUUCCUGCCCCCCCCUGCCCCCACCCGCCCCCCCCCCACACCCCCCACAAACCCUCCCCCAUCUCCAGCGGUUUGGGGCGUCAACGAAUUUGGCUCUGCUACCAAACGCCACGCCCGCCCCACUAGGCGGCGAGCUGGCGUCACAGCCGUUCCGGUGGGUGGGAGCAGCGUGUGCUCGCCCCCCUCCUGCGCAUCCCCAGCGCCAAGCCAGAGCACCUUGAGAGGGUCGGUCCCUCCCCUCCCCUCUUCACCAACCUUCUUGCCCGUUUCCCCCGCCCCCACCCGUUCCCCCACACCCCCCACAACGCUUCCCUGUGUGCAGCGAUUCGGAGUGUCCACGAGCCUGGGCCUUCUACCAGCGACCAACUCCCCCCCACCAGGCGGCGAGCUGGCGUCACAGCCGUUCCGGUGGGAGCAGCGUGUGCUCGCCACCAUCCUGCGCAUCCCCAGCGCCAAGCCCGAGCACCUCGACAGGAUCGGCCCUCUGCCUGCUGCCGGCCCCAUCUCAGAGUCGCCAGCUGCUGUGGCUGUGGACACGAGUGUGUCGGCGCUGUGUGAAGCCACUGGUGUGUGUGCUGGUGAGUUGGCCAUCCUGCGCAUCCCCGGCGCCAAGCCAGAGCACCUGGAGAGGAUUGGCCCUCUGCCUGCUGCCGGCCCCAUCUCAGAGUCGCCAGCUGCUGUGGCUGUGGACACGAGUGUGUCGGCGCUUGGCAAGUGCAGUGUGGUAACCAGCUGGAAGAUGCUCUUUCAGCACCUAGAUAUUGUCGCCUCGCGCCUCUCGCCAGCUGUCGUCGUCUCAUUCGACCAUGUGCCACUUCCGGGCGGCGCACCCAUGCCGCCCCAAGUCCACGCUGCAUGCCAACGAAAGCUAUUAUUCGUUCGCAACCUGCCCACCACCGGACCAGCAGGCUCGGCAGCUGGGUUGGCCGCUCCAGGCGCAGCAGGCUUGGCAGGACAGCUAGGCUUGGCACCGCCGCAGCCGGCCGCCGGGCCUCCUCCAGUGGUUUGGCCUAUACCUGAAGCAUUCUGGCCGGAUUUCACCACUCCUAGUGCUGCCACUGCUGCUGCUGCUGGGGCAGCAGGAACCCCGGGUGCUCCAAAUAUCUCCUCCAGCCCUCCUACCGUUCCUCCCAUCUUUCCUCCUCGCGACCCCCACCCCGUGAUAACCUAUCGGGCGGUGGAUACAGAUGCACGCGUGCCGCCCGGGAUACCAGUGGACAAGUACGAGAUCGAAGGGUGUCCCAUCCUGGGCUUCCUCAGCAAGGCCGGGCCCAACGUAUGCUGGCAGGUGAGACUAGGGCAGGUGGGAUGCUGGUCAGCGCAAGCGGGUGCUGCCCGGGAUACCGGUAGACAAUCGGCGUGUGUCGGCAGGUGUUCAUGCGAGGGAGCAAGGGUCCGCGGAACGGCCUGGGUGAUCCGUUCGGGUGAGUCCCUCUCCAUCCUCCAUGGCGCCUCAGAGUCGCUGCUUCACCUGAGCCUGUGGUUGGCUGUCGCGCACAUGCCUGGGUGUGCUUCUUUCACCCUGAUUCUUACGUAUUACGGCAUUCUCUGCUCACCCGCACAUUACGAUGAUGCCCUCCUAAACCCCAUACCUCCUCUCCAUGCUUGCACGCCCUUAUGCCUGCAUGCCAUGCACCCUUACCCCCAUCCCAUGCAACCUUGCCUGCAUGCCAUGCUCCCUUGCCUGCAUGCCGUGCUCCCUUGCCUGCAUGCCAUGCUCCCUUGCCUGCAUUCCAUGCUCCCUUGCCUGCAUGCCAUGCUCCCUUGCCUGCAUGCCAUGCUCCCUUGCUUGCAUGCCAUGCUCCCUUGCCUGCAUGCCAUGCUCCCUUGCCUGCAUGCCAUGCUCCCUUGCCUGCAUGCCAUGCUCCCUUGCCUGCAUGCCAUGCUCCCUUGCCUGCAUGCCAUGCUCCCUUGCCUGCAUGCCAUGCUCCCUUGCCUGCAUGCCUGCAGGUACCUCAGAGUGAACCGGCCAGGCAGCUCACUCACUCUCCACGUGCUGCCCUACAACUACCCUGUGUUGUUCCCACUCGUAGAGCAGCUCCAACGAAUGCCGCCCCAUACAAGGGCUUCCCCGCCGGCCGGCUGGCGGCACGACUUUGAGCGUUACUGCACCGGCGUCCCUCCGUACUACGCCGCCCCGCUCCGAGCCGCCAUGCGCAGGCUCGGCGUGUCAGCCGCAGGUGCGGCGGUGCCGGACCUGAUGGACGCCAGCCUGGCAGCAGGUCCGGUGGCGUCGCAGCUGCGGCGAUGGCGGGUGAAGGCGAAAGGGGAGAUUGAAGAGCGAUUGCAAGAGAUUGCAAAGGCUGGGGAGGCUGGUGCUUACAGCGGUGGUGCUUAUAACGGGGGUAGUAAUAGCUCUGGUGCUACUGGUGCUGCUGCUGGUGCUGGUGCUGCUGUUGGUCCUCCAGGGGGAUCAGGGGGUGGUGAGGCGCCAGGGGCAGGGCAAGGGCGACCAGCAACCAUCUUCACGAAUCCGUGUGCAAUUAAAAAGCAAGCACGCUUGUUGAGAAUGAGGCUUGAUGCAUCACGGUUUUCCUCUCCACCCCCCCGCCGUCGUCGUCCUCUCUUCUCGCCCCUCCCACCCUCCAGGCAAGUGCUUCAACUGCCCCUUCGCCUCGCCGCGAUCCUCAGCAGCAGCAGUCCUGCCUUUGCGCCUGGAAAGCCAUCUUCUGCAUUUCGACCCACGCCGUCCCAGGAUGAAGGGCUGGCCGUCGCAGCAGGAAAGGCAGGGGCGGCGAGGGCUGGGCAAGGGGGGUUGAAGGGAGAGGUAGCACCACUGGACCCAAUUCAAGAGGAGAGAGUGCUGCAGGGAGUGGGGAGGGGUCGGCCAAAUUGGGGCACAGCAGCUGGUGCUGUUGCUGCUGCUUCUGCAGCAGAUAAGGUGGCAGCGCCGUGGUUCACUGGUGGAUAUGACGUUGACAGGUGGUGCGCUCUGAUUGGUGCUGUAGGGAAGUGGGCACUUCUGGCGGAGGAGGAGGCAAAGCACACCGUCAGCAUCGAAAAGAUGGGCGACUUCAACGAUGCACUCCAGCGGCAGCAACCACCCCGCAGCCCCUAUAUCGACGACCAGGAUCGCAUCAAGGCGGCACGGACGGCCUUUGGCAACCCGUACCGGCAGGACAAGCCAGACAUGCCCACAGCCAACGAGGCAUUCCUCCGCCUGGACGACCAGAGCCCAGGCCCACCUGGGGCAGGCCCACCCGCCGGCGCAGGCUCAUCUGGUGCAGGUUCGCCUGGUGCAGGCUUAUCUGGCGGUGCUGCCGGUGGUACUGCUGCUGGCAGCGGUGGUGGUGGUGGGUCUGCUGCUGCUGGUGCCAGCGGUGCUUCCUCUCCCAGUGUGCUUGCCCUUGCUCGUUCCCAGAAAAGGCGGCGGCGGUCAGAAUCCCCAGCGCCCCCAUCACCAUCUCCCCCUAUGUCACCUCACCCCACUGCUCCUUCUUCACCCUCUCCUCCCUCUCACACUCCCCCGUCCGCUCCCUCUCCCCGUCUGCCCCUGUCCUCCGCGUCACCCCGUGCGGUGCCUGUCCAAGCCUCGGCAGCAGCUCCGGCCGCACCUCAUGCUGACCGUGCCUUGAGGCCUGAUCUCUCUGCUGCUACUGGCUCUGCCAUUUCUCCAGCCACGGCGGAAGAAGACAAGCGACGUGAGCUCAGCCAUCCACUGUUCAUGCCAGAGAGCUGUUUCCGGGCGGCGCAAGCAAUGGAGAGGCGGCAGCAGGAGUCGAUGCAAUGGCCCAGAGAAGCAGCCGCAGGAGAGGAGCGAGGUUCAGGUGGGGGGGAAGAGGUAGGAGUUUCUGAGGGUAGAGAAACAGAAGUAGCUGUGGAGAUAGGAGACAGGGGCGUAGCAGGGGAGGGAAGAGGAACAGGGGAGGGUAGAGGAGCAACGGAGGGUAGAGGAGGGAUGGAGGGUAGGGGAAGAGGGGCGAAGCGGCGGAGGGUGAUAGCGGAGGGGGAGUCACGGGAUUGGACGGUGGAUGUGGGGCUGGAGGAGCGCGUGGAGGAGCAGGAGGAUGUGGUGGCGCUGGCAAUGCGGAGGGGCAAUCCUCGCUGGCGCACUGUGCGCACGCCAGCUGGCAAUGAGAGGGAUCAGGAGGAAGUGGUGGACUUUUUGCUGUCGAUCUACCGGGUGCUGCGGUCAGCGCGUCCCAACAACACAAAACAGGUAAGAGGGAUGCAUUAG